GAUCUUCCAACUUCCUGUCGUCUCCACGCACUUUUCUCCAACCAGAAACAGUGAAAAGCUCAAAAACAUUUCAUAAGCCCCAAGCAACGACCCGUGUACCACCAGAAUACUCAUUACGAACGAAAUGACCGACGAAGUCACGCCGCAGACACAGCCCAGUGCGCCCAAGAAGGAGGAGAAGGUCGGAGAGAAAAAGCCGUUGCCCAACGGCGGUCAAGGGGGUGGGAGAGGUCCGAGGAGGAAUAUGCCACGCUCUGGCUCGACCAGCGGGGGCUCUAACAAUGGUGGUCCGCAGCGUCCCUCGUCUGGCGCGAGUAAUAGACGCAACGCGUCUAACCCGCCGACUGCUGGCGCUGACGCGAAGAAGAGCAGCAACGACAGUACCGGAGACAAGAGGCUCGACAAUCAGCGCUCUAGGCCUCAGGGCAAUGGCAAUGCCCGCGGCGGCAACCGCAAGCCGUCUCAGGGCAACCGCCAGAACAACAGGGACAGCGUGUCUAGGCAGAGUAGCGGCAAGCAGAGCUCCGGCUCUCCCGCGAAUGCUGCUCCUCCCGCCGAGGGAGCAAGCGAUGCGCUCUCUUCCCUGCAGCGUGUCAUCGCUGAUCUCAAGACCACCACCCCUUCCGCACAGUCCGCGAACAUGAACAACCCGAUGAACAUCUCCGCCCCUGUCCCAAUCCCCGCCAGCCAGAGUGGGUCAAACUUGCCCGCCAACGCUCCUGUCUUCCAGCCCGGCGCUGUCGCUUUCCCGGGCAUCGCCGGCAAUGAGGCCCCUAGGCACCGCAAAGCUGCCUCUCUUGGUGCUGGCUCGCUCCCUGGCAACUUCAACUCAUUCUCCCCCAAUCUCGGUUCUAUGCUGGAAGAUGUCGAGGAAGGUCUCGGAGGCGCAUCAUUCGAGGAGGGCGAAAUUCAGGAGGCACUUACUCCCACUGCGGCUCACCAGCGCCGCUCGCUCUCUCAGAGCUUCACCGCUCCUAGGUUUGCCGCGCUUGCUGCGCAGCAGGAGGAUUCCGUCGGCCCUGCUGGCCGCCCUCAGCUCGCGCCGAACUUUAUGUUUGGCAGAAGGCGCCCUAGUACCGCCACGCCUAUGGGACCGCCCAUCAACGAGGAAGAUGUCGGCUUCCAAUUCCCACAGCAGAACCCGCAACAGAAUUUCAAUAUGGAAGCUCAACACGAGCAGAAUCCGCACAGGAGAACCGAGAGCUCCGGCGAAAUCUCAGGUAUUAUGGCCGAACAGAUUGCCAUUCAGACUCAGAUCGAAGCCUUGCAGCAACAACAGCAGGCGCUCUACCAGCAGCAGCUCGCUCAGAACCAAGUCCUGUCCUUCCAGACCGCUGGUCUUGCCCCGCCUCGAGGUGGCGCUCACCGUCGAGUGCACAGCACUCUGCCUGUUGGAAUGGGCAUCAGCGCGGCGUUCGCCGGUCCUCAGUCGGCUAUGGGACAGUUCGGCCAGCUUGGUAAUAUCGGAAUGGGUUUGGAGUCUCAAGGCGCGGGUAUCCCCCGCGGCCACGGCAGGCGUCACAGCGUGAACGUCCUCAAUAAGGCUAGCGGACAGCCGGGUCUGGGAUCCAUGUUCCCGAAUAACUCGGACGGAUUCGACGACGGCUUCGUCCCGCCUGCUGGUUUAGCUGGCUCCCAGCAUGCUCGUUCUGACUCGACCUGGCGCAUCAAUGGCGGCGUCGGCGGUAUGCAGAAUGCACCGUACACCGCGGACCUUGCGCAGGCUCAGGCUCAGCUCCAGAGUCUGCAGCAGUUCCGUGCCGCUGCCGGCGGUCACCACCACAAAAUGCCGUCCUUCAGUUUCCCCAACAUGCUGCCGAAUAUGAUGGCGGCGAACAUGAUGGGUCUCGGCCUCGGUGGCAUGAACAUCCUCCAGCAGCAACACCAGCAGUUCCAGUCGCAAUUGCAGCAGCAGUCUAACCAACCCCAGCGCAAGUCGCUGUUCGCUCCCUACCUCCCCCAGGCUUCUCUGCCCCCGCUCCUUGCGGCAGGCAAGCUUGUCGUCGGUAUCCUACGUGUCAACAAACGUAAUCGCUCGGACGCCUAUGUCGCGACUGAGGUGCUGGACGCCGAUAUCUAUAUCUGUGGUUCAAAGGAUCGUAACCGUGCACUGGAAGGCGACAUCGUAGCUGUCGAACUCCUGGACGUUGACGAAGUCUGGGGAACGAAGAAGGAGAAAGAAGAGAAGAAGAGGAAGAAGGAAGAAAACUCUGCGUACGACCUCAAGGGCACUGCUGUCCGCAAGAACGACAAGAAGAAGGAUGAUGUCGAAGUCGAGGGUCAGGGUCUAAUGCUUUUCGAAGACGAGGAAGUCACCGAUGAGGUCAAGCCUCAAUUCGCCGGUCACGUUGUUGCUGUUGUCGAGCGCAUGCCCGGCCAGCUCUUCUCCGGCACCCUCGGUCUACUCCGUCCUUCGUCGGCGGCUACCAAGGAGAAGCAGGAGGCUGAGCGCCGCGAGCGCGAGGGUGACAAGGGCGACGAGCCUCGCCGUCCGAUCGAGCGUCCCAAAAUCGUCUGGUUCAAGCCGACCGACAAGCGUGUGCCGCUCAUUGCCAUACCGACUGAGCAGGCUCCUCCGGACUUUGUCCAAAACUCGGAGACCUAUGCGAACAAGCUCUUCGUCGCUUGCAUCAAACGCCACCCUAUCAGCUCCCUCCACCCCUUUGGUACUCUGGUCGAAGAGCUUGGUCCCAUCGGAGACAUCGAGGUCGAGACAAGCGCUUUGCUCAAGGACUGCAACUUCCCCACGGAGGACUUCACUGAGAAUGUUCUUAAGUGUUUACCCCCUAUUCCUUGGACCAUCCCUGAAAGGGAGUUCGAGGUUCGCAAGGACCUCCGUGGCGAGCGUAUCUUCACCAUCGACCCUGACAGCGCUAAGGACCUAGACGACGCCUUUUCAAUCAAGGUCAACGACGACGGUACCUACGACGUUAGCGUUCAUGUCGCCGACGUGUCGCACUUCGUCAAACCUAACACUGCUCUUGAUCGCGAUGCUCGCAAGCGUGCUACAAGCGUCUAUCUCAUCCAGCGUUCUGUACCCAUGCUGCCACCCGCAUUGAGCGAACAACUUUGCAGUCUCCUACCCGGCCAGGAACGCUUGGCGUUCUCUGUUAUCUUCACGAUGACCAAGGAAGCAAAGGUCGUUAAGAAGUGGUUUGGCAGGACCAUCGUCAAGUCCGCUGCGAAGCUGAGCUACGGCGAUGCCCAGAACGUCAUCGAUGGCAAACCGAUCGGCGAGGUACCAGUUAUUCCCGAGCACAAUGCUGGCGACAUUGCCCACGAUAUCAAGGUACUCGACGACCUUGCUAAGCAGCUGCGCGAGCGUCGCUUCCAGAACGGUGCGAUCGGCGGCGAGUCAUAUGAUCUCAAGUUCGUGCUAGAUGAGGACGGCAUGCCCACCGACUGUGUCUCUUACGAGCGCACUGAAGCGCACAGUCUUGUUGAGGAGUUCAUGUUGGCAACGAAUAUCGCUGUAGCUCAGCAGAUUGCUGUCCACUUCCCCGAGCAAGCACUCCUUCGCCGCCAUGACAACCCCCUGGAGCGUCGUCUCAACGCCUUCGCCGACCGUGCGGAACGUCUAGGCUACGGGAUGGACACCUCGUCCUCUGGUGCUCUUAUGCGCUCUUUGAAUGCGAUCACCGAUCCUGCCAUUCGCCGUAUCGUAGAAAUCUUGCUUCAGAAGUCCACCCAGCGUGCGAAGUACUUCUGCGCGGGCAUGCUCGACAUAGCGAAGUACGGUCACUACUCACUCAACGUCCCGUUAUACACACACUUCACCUCCCCAAUUCGUCGUUACGCCGAUGUUCUGGUUCACCGUCAGCUCGAUUCGAUCCUGCAGGUCGGCACUCCCGGUGAGGCUCCCAAGUUUACGAUGGACCGCGACGCUGUUGCCAAGGUCGCUCAGCAAUGCAACAUCAAGCAGGACUCCGCUCGUCUUGCUCAAGAGCAAUCUACUCACUUGUUCCUUUGCAUCCUUAUUCACGACCUCACCCAACGCUAUGGUCCUGUCAUCCGUCAGGCCAAGGUCGUUGGCGUCCUCGAUGCUGCGUUUGACGUCUAUGUCCCCGAGUUCAGUAUUGAGAAGCGGGUGCACGUCGACCAAAUGCCCAUUGAUAACCAUGUCUACGACGAGCACAAGCACACCCUCCAGAUCUACUGGUCUGAGCGUGAUGUUAUCACCUGGCUCGCAGAGAACAGCGACGACGAGCACCUCAAGAAAGUCAAACAGAACGCCGAACAACAUGCUCUCAAGAUGGAGGUCGCCUCUCGCUCCGUCAACGACGAGCAGGCUCUGUUCGAUGAGGAUGAUCAGGACGAGAUCGUUUUUGAGCGUCCUGGCGAACCGGAGACCGUCGAAACCUCUAAGCAGAGGCUGUUCUCCAAGGCCAAGGUACAACCCGUCUUCGAGGCCCUCAAGGUUACCCCUGCUGGUCACAAGAUCCAGGAGAUCCGGGAGAUGCAGACCGUACCAGUCAUCGUCACUGCUGACCUUACCAAGAGUCCGCCGGUCAUCAAGGUCUACAGCGUUAACCCAUACGCUGCUGAGCAGAAGUGAAAUAUCCGCAUGGCCAAACCCACUCGCCGACUGGAACAGUUUUUUCAGGGAUGGAUUUUGGAUGAAUGAAGUCAAUGGUUACCGUUUUUCUCUUCCUUUCACCACUUAAGCGUUUUCAAAAGCAGCUCUCGCUAUCAGUAAUUGCUUCGCCUUCCAUUUGCUCAUGACCCGAGCCUGCUACGACUAGCAUGAUGUCUUCUACGCACUUACUCAUGUGUCUUUCAUGCACGUGUAAUUCUAAUAAACGUUCGUACCUUACUACACCAAUGGAGCUUGUACAUG